AUGGCUGCGCCCACGCCUCCUCACCCGCCCACCUCUCCCGACUCGGGCCCUACGGACCCCAAUCUGCCAAAGCUGCCUUCCGGCUGGAUCGCCCAGUGGGACAAUUCGAGUCGCAAGUACUACUAUGUCCAGAUCAGCACCGGCGUCUCGCAAUGGGACCUCCCCACGAGCGAAGCACCCAUCGGCGGCAGCCACCACGGCACACCCGCGCAGAACACGAAUCCCUACAACAAGCCCACCGGCUCCGAGGGCCCUGGCGAUACCGCUGAUGGAUCAAGAGGUAUCGGUGGCGAUGGACAGACCGGCGAUCGUUCGCUCAGCGGCUUCGCUAUGAAUGCGCUCAUGGGUAGUAAUAAGCAGAGCAACGGCAGCGGCGGGUCCAACAACCUUGUCGGCCAGCUUGCGGGCUCAUUCCUUGGCGGUGGAAAGCAGAACCACGACAGCUCGUCAGGACACAGCAGUGGUGGCUCUGGUAACCUCGUUGGCCAGUUAGCUGGAUCGCUGCUCGGUGGAGGAAAGCAGAGCGGCUCUGGUCAUAGCGGUCAGUCGAGCAGCGGCCAGUCGAGCGGCGGACUUGGUGCGCUGGGAGGACUGCUUGGUGGCAGCAGCAACAGCAGUCACGGUGGAAGCAAUCAGAGCCACGGUACCCAGUCGUCGAGCGGUGGCGGCCUUGGAGGCAUGCUCGGUAGUCUGAUGGGUGGUGGAUCGCACAACAAGCCUUCCAACAACGACUUCGGAUACACCCACGGCUCCGGCGCCUCAUCAGGCGGAACAUACACUGGUAGCGCACCGGCCACGUCAUACCAGCCUGGUGGCCAGCAACACGGCGGCUCUCAAGGACAGCAAAGCUACGCAUCGCCAUCGCCUGCUCAGCAACAUGGUGGCUACAGCGGCCAGCAGCAACAGCACGGAAGUCCUCAGGCUCAACAGCACGGCCAGGGCCAGGGCCAGUACGGCUCUCAGGCAGGGUACGGUGGCCAGCCUCAACAGCACGGAGGCUAUGGACAGCAAGGACCUGGUGGCUACGGCGCACAGGCUGGCUACGGAGGUCCUGCCCACUCAGGCGGCCAAGGCUAUUACGGUGGCCCCCAGAACUACGACAAUCACCAGCACAACCAGUACGGUGGCGCACCACAAAAGUACCCUCCACCUCCAGGUCAGGGUCAGGGUGGCUAUGGCCAGCAAGGUGCUGGCUACGGUGGUCACCAGGGCGGACACAGCGGCCCCCAGCAGCCUGGGUGGUAG